AUGGAGAAGAAGUUGUUGAAGAGACUGCAGACGGGAAGGAAUUGGAGGGAGUUUCGAUGCUUUCCUUGUGCGCAUGUUGUUCAAGUGAUGAAUAAAGCCAAUCUCCUUGCGUAUGACUACAUUGAAGACUACUGGAAGACUACAUUCUACAAGAAAACAUAUGAGCUUCCUAUCUAUCCAGUUCCUAAUCUGGAUAGGCCUAACAUCUUGAGUUUUGGAGAUUCCACAUUGCAGCCUCCCAAGACUAGAAGACCACCUGAAAGACCAAAGUCGAGAAGAAUCAGAUCUUUUGGUGAACAAUGCAAGGAGAUCACUUGCUCGCGUUGUCACACAUUAGGCCACCACAACAGCAGGACAUGCACCAAUCCUAUUUGA